UCUUACCUUGAGACUUUCUCUUGCUCCACAUAUUUACCUCUCUAGCUACAAAGCUUGCUGGGCAGCAAUGGCUGCAGGUGGGGCUUCUCUUCUUGCUGCUGCUGUUUUCUCCAUGCUGGUCAUGUCUUCCCUGGGGUAUCCGAGGCCUCUAUGCAGCGACUGUGACCCGCAAUGCCAUGCGAACUGCACCGCUGAGGUUAAAACCUCCUGCAGCAGUUACUGCAGCGGCGGUGGUGGCGGCCCUCGGGAGGGCUGCCGUAGAAAUAUCUUGCGGCAGUGCAUUGCAAAUGGUAUCUGCUGCAGUAGCAACGGCACCUGCACUUGUGACUGCAACGUUGUAGCUGAAAGUGGUUGCAAGGGGGUCACCGACGCCACCCAACUUUGCGACCCUUGCAUGCGCGGCAUCUUCGGCAAGUGCUUUCCCACCUGUAAAAAGGACUGCAACAACAACUGCAAGAAGAAAGGGUGCCACCAUGCCUAGGUAGGAAUAACAGGUAAUCGAUCUGGUGCCUUGCAUAGCAAAUAACAUUGCUCGCUGUGGUCGUGCGUAGAUUUUUGUAUAUGCCGUGACCUGGUUCUGUAGGAUGGCACAGGAGGAAAGGGUCGUGGCUAUCACCUCCGGCGUUUCAGCUGAGGAUUUGCAUCCUGUUUUAUCUAUACUGAAUAAUAAUAUGGAAAAACAAAGAAAUUUCACAGAGUUGACACGGUGUGAAAUUAUGGUUGUUCAGUGUUCCUUCGCCAUAGAGCUUGUCCAUCCAACUAUGCAUCUGUGCGUCGUUGUAGACUUUAAGUAUCCAAGAAUACUUCAUGGUGAUGUGUGCCUUCGCCAUGCCGUUUACUCUCUUUCAUUGUUGAGAAAACUGUACUUUUCUAUUUAAAUCACCUUCUGCUGAUGAUUAGAAUGCUUUCAACCACACAUGUAUAUAACCAAUUUUUCAACCAAAGUAUGGAUUAGCCACUUCAACAGCAGUGUGCUUGUGCUCGAACAUCCUGAACAUCUUUAGCGAUGUGUACUCUCUCUUUACCUGUAUUCCAUUUUUUGCAUGGAUAUUCUACUCCAUGUUAAGCAACGAUUCAGUUCAAUUUAGUUAGAUUAAUCUGCUGCUAUCUAGUUUUGUACAGACAGCCAUGGAUACCUUAGCCUCAUAACUCGUUAGGGACUGUAAGGUGAUGUCGUAUCUGCAUCUUACUUUUGAAAGACCACAUCAAUUUGCAGCAGCACAUGUUAAAACUGUGAUCUUUUGGAGAUGUUAUGUUUUAACUUUGAUGUUCUCACACACCGGCUAUCAGGUUUCAUCACCUCCACCUGCAGUGCUUCACUGGCAUUGAGAACGAAGUGCCUGUAUCUUUUUUUCUUUUUCUUUUUUCCAUUUUUGGCUAGGACAGUUGAGUUCACAUUUCAUAUUUGUUCGGGUUGGAAGUUAAGAUAUUUGCAGUUGAAAGUAGGCUUGGUCGGCAUAUGUGAUAGAUUUAGUCGAA